AGAAUUAUGAUAACGUAUACCCUCGUGCAUGCCAUUGCACUAUUCUAAAGUUGUUUACUUUACGUAAAUAAUUUGAUACGCGAAAAGUGAAAAAAACCUUGUCUACAUGCAAGGUUCCCCUAAAAAAAACUCAUUGUUCGAUCAAACAAAACGACACAAAGGGGUGGGUAAUGCAACUAGUGCAUCGCGUCAAACAUUCUAUGGUAGAGUCUUCGGCGAAAUGUUACAAUUUCAAUUAAUGACGGAGAAAGAUCGAAGAGAGGCGGCGGCGAUCGAAAGACGUAGAGCUAUCGAAGAGGAACGCAAGAAGAGAAUUUUCAAUCCUAAGCAACGCAUAAUUGGGACCGACAUUAAGGCGCUGGAACAACAAAUUGAGGAGAAAAAGAAAUUGGAAGCUGAGAAGAGGAAGAUUGACCAAAUUUUUGAUGAACAGUUAAUAAAGAGUGAUCAAAUUGCACUCGCUUUAGGACGUAAGGAGUAUGAGGAGCGUCAAAAGUUGGCGCGUGAAAUUAACGAUUUUCGCAGUAACUUUCAAAAGUACGAAGACCGAAGAGAGUUUGAUUUGAACGAUCCGAAGGCGAUCAAACGCGCUUUGCCUGCUAGGGUACACGAUGCUGAUCCCAGACUUGGCAUUUCUUCAUUUCAAAAGUUUGAGGGUGAAGAUUUGUCAUCAGAGGAGAGGAAGAAAAUACAAAUGGAGCAAACGCAGUCGUGGCUUCAGCAGCAAAUGGAAGAGCGUGAAAGUGCUGAUAAGGAACGGAAGACGGCUGAUGAAGCGUAUAAAGCUGCUGUAAUUGCAAGAGAUCAGAGAGCGAUAGAGUUGGAUAUGAUGGAGAGAGAAUGCAGGAAGAGGUUGGAGCGAGCGUGCUGUAUGUUCAAUAGGGCUUUGGCAGAUGAACGCUACUGCGUACAACAAGAGAAAAACCGGCAAGAGAAAGAGGAUAAUAUGGCUCAGAUGUAUAACAACAUGACGAGUGAUAUGAUGACUGAGAAUCCUGACGUUUCGUUCAGUAACAUGGGACCGAAUCGGAGGAUCGGGUUUCUUUAUAAAGGAAUGUCAGAGGAAGAACGUGAGGAAGUUAGAAAGCAGCAAUUGGCCCAAGUGGAAGAAGCUCAAAAACGAAGAGCCGAUGAAAUUCGUUUUCAGAGAGAAUGGGACGAAUACAGCAACGGUAUUCAGAAAACAAUAGCAGUGAUGGACAAAGAAUUAGCCAGAAAAGAAAGAGAAAGGCGCAUCGCCUUAGCUGAGGAAAACAAAAGAUUAGCAAGUGAACACAAAAACCAUGAGGAGUACAUGAACAAAAUUGUAUAUCGCAAUAAACCAACUGCUGCGUUUUUUGAGCAGUUUAAUAAAUCUACAAGAUAACUAUUCCUAUUUAUAAUACAUAAUGUAGAACAU